UUUUCUUUUCCUUUUUUCCUUUUUUUAUUGUUGGUGCACAAUUAUGGAUGAUACUCUUAAAUAAUACCACGAAACGUGAAUCCAUAUUGAUGCCAUUACAGCGAGAGCACCCACACAAAUGCGAUCCGAUUCAGAUGUAUAGCGAUUUCAACAUGCUUUCAAUAAAGUUCCCACUGAACUGUUUCAUACAAAUGCAAAUAACCGGCAGCGAUGCUCUUCUGCUCGGCCCUUUACGGGCAAUAGGUUCCCUAAGCAGCACUGUCCCCUCUCGUUCCGUGGUAAGGGAUGCACAGAGAGACGGUCUGCCUUCUAGAAGUGUUUUUUCUUCUCCUUUGGCUUUAAGCUGCCCGUUGGCUCCUCAUCAAGUGGCGGUCGAUGGCUAACUAGCAGCUGCGUGAGGAGGUGGGCGGAGAUGAGAACGAGGCCGGGUCAUUUCAGACGCUCUCGAGAAACCUCAACAACCCUCAGACACAAGAGCCGCUCCUUCAGCUGCCAUCACUGAAUGACUGCGAGAAAUACCAGCAGACGAGAGCGAGAAACGCCGGCUGAUUCUCUGAGAGAGAGAUCAUUGGACUUCCUUGAUUUAAUGGGUCCAAUCAUCGGGAUGUCGCCGGAUAAGAAAGCAGAAUCCCCGGGCAUUCUGGGGGAUCGGACGGGCCUGCGCGGGGUUUGUGGGACGCUGCCCGAAGCCGAGUGCGCCGCUAGCCCUCUGGCCACCAGCCUGGACCACAGCUCCAGCUCAGGAGACGAGGAGCUCACCAACCUCAACUGGCUCCACGAGAACCUGCUCCAGAACUUCACGCUGGGCGGCCCCGAGGCCCAGUCCAGACCCAGCCCGCUCUUCGACAUCGAGGGCAACCACGGCGCCUCCGUCAUCUCCUCGACCGCGGCGCACGCCGGAGACUCCGUCAAGUCCAAGCCGCCGUUCUCCUUCUCCCUGCUCAUAUACAUGGCCAUCGAACAGUCGCCCAGCAAGUCUCUCCCGGUGAAGGACAUCUACGGGUGGAUCCUGGAGCACUUCCCGUACUUCUCUAGCGCCCCCACUGGCUGGAAGAACUCGGUGCGCCACAACCUGUCCCUCAACAAGUGUUUCCGCAAAGUGGAGAGGGGCCUUGGGAAGGUGAGCGGUGCAGAGACUCUCUGGCGGUGGUGUGUGGACCCCGAUGCCGACAGACCCAAUCUGAUCCCUAGCCCGAGAAACAGCACUUUCCCGAGGCGAUCCUUCUGUACGCCCCCCCGAUCUGCUUCCCCACCUUGGGCAGUGCUCUGACCACCGUGUGUCUUUAUGUCCUUUACAGAGUCUGACAUCGAUGCAGCCACUGCCAUGAUGCUCUUAAACUCGGCCCCCGGACACCACAGUGACCCAUGUGACCCGGACAGCCCUAUCGAUCUCUCGCGCCCGGAUUCGGUCCUGGUGAGCAGCGACCCGAAGCAGGACCACAACUACAGCAGCUCGUCCUUCCAGCGCUGCUCGUCUCGCUCUUCCUCCUCCUCCUCCUCCUCCUCGCUGUCCUCCCUGGACGAGGCCGGCUGUGACUCGGGCCAGGACCGCCGCGCCGGCAGCGAAGGCUUCCACAGCGACGAGGAUUCGGAGGAAGAGCCCUCGCUCCCCAUCCGUCGCCCGCUCACCGUCAAGUGCCCUCUUCCGGUUAAACGAGCCCGUCACGAGUCCAAACCGGAGCUGGACGAGGAGUUGAAGGAGGCGGCCGGCUCUCUCUUGCACCUGGCCGGGAUCCGGUCCGGCUUGGAUCUCUCGAAGCGAACGGCCAAGAGUAAAAAGCCGGAAAAGCGUCGGAAAUGAAUAGUUUAGAGACAUUUUAACCCCAGGACUGUGCAUCAGUGACUGAGACUACUCCA